AUGCCGCGCUGGGCCCCUAGAGGGCGGUGCGGAGCUGGGCCCCUAGAGGGCGUUGCGGCUGCGGUGUGGCGUGUCCCCGCCCCCGGCCCCCGGUCCCCGCCCCCGGGGCGUGUCGGGCUCGUCCGGCCCCACGUGCGGCCCCGUCCCGCCCCCGGCCCCCGGCCCCCGCCCCGCCCCGCCCCGCCAGGUGUCCCCGGUCCCUCACCUGCGGCCCCCGCGGCGCCCGGAGCCCCCCGCCGCACCAUGUCCCGCCGGAAGCUGGGCAGCUGCCCGCGCCCGCUGCGGGGGCCCGAGCCGGGGCUGGAGGCGAGGGCCGACUCGGAGCCGGAGCCCGACGCCGAUCCCGCCCCGCCGGAGCCGGACCUCAGGCCGGAGCCGGAGUCCGCGGGUCCGUGUCCGUCCGCGGGCGCCGACCUCCUGACGUGCGGCCGCUGCCUGCUGACCCUCCCGUUGCGCCACAUCGUGGCCUUCAUCGAGCACAAGCGCGGCCGCUGCCGCCGCCCCCCCGGGCCCCGCCAGCCCCGCCACCGGACCGCAGGCCCGCCGGAGCCCGCGUCCUUCACCUGCAGCAGCUGCGGGGGCUGGUUCGGAGGCGCCUGGGCCCUGCUGCAGCACGUCCAGGAGCGGCACGGCCUCGCCCUCUACCUGAGCACGCCGGGCCCCCGGCUCGACGACCGGGACCCGGAGCCGGGGUCGGGGCCCGUCCGGGGCCCGAGGCGCGGGGGAGGCCGGCGGGCCGGGCCGGGGGCCGGGGGCCCGGCCCACACCUGCGAGUUCUGCGGCAAGGCCUUCCGCUCGCUCAGCAACCUGACGGUGCACCGGCGGUCGCACACCGGGGAGCGGCCCUACCGCUGCCCCCGCUGCCCUUACGCCUGUGCCCAGAGCAGCAAGCUGACCCGCCACCUGCGCACCCACCAGCGCGCCCCCGCCGCGCCCCCGGAGCCCCCUCGCAGCGGGGCGCCCCCCGCCGCGCCCCCGGAACCCGCCGGGGCCGCCGCCACCCCCACCCCGGCCGGGGGCCCCGAGGGGGGCGGCGAGGAGGCGGCGGUGGUGGCGGUGGCGGGCCGCUGCCGGGGGCGGGCGGCCGGCCGCAGCGACACGUGCGAGUUCUGCGGCAAGGUCUUCCGCAGCAGCAGCAACCUGACGGUGCACCGGCGGUCGCACACCGGGGAGCGGCCCUACCACUGCCCGCUCUGCCCCUAUGCCUGCGCCCAGAGCAGCAAGCUGACCCGCCACCUGCGGACCCACGGCCCCGCCCCGGGCGCCCCGCCCUUCCAGUGUCCGCGCUGCCUCGUGCCCUUCGGCCUGCGGGCCACCCUGGACAAGCACCUCAAGCGGCACCACGGCGAGCCGGGCACCGGAGCCUGACCCGCCCCUGCCCACCCCCAAUAAACCU